CAAUUUUCAGGCCCGCCGCGUCUGACAAAAAUAGGAGAAAAAAAUUAUUAAAAAUUCGAAAAAUAAUAGAAAGUCAAGAAAAAGUCCGCAGAAAGGAUGUUAAGGCGUCCGGGGACCCUGUGUCCAGAUGGUGUUGAACACAUAAGACUGGAUAGAGGCAUUAAAUCAGUACUUGUCGGACACUGUGCCCCGGUCCAUGUAACUGGUCUUUCUUAGGGUGCCAUGGCCACAGGAAGCCAAGGCCACCGUGACCACAUCCUGGAGAAAGUCAAGCUAGGGCCCCCCACAGGGAUGCGCAGAAGAGCAGAGGGGAAGCCGAAGAAGAACUUCUCCUGCCCGGUGUGCCAGAAAGCUUUCAACAGUGUGGAGAAGUUGAAAGUGCACUCUUAUUCUCACACAGGAGAAAGACCAUACUGCUGCUCCCACCCCGACUGCACCAAGGCUUUCGUCUCCAAAUACAAGCUGCUACGGCAUAUGGCAACUCACUCACCAGAAAAAAACCACAAGUGUUCAUACUGUGAGAAAAUGUUCCAUCGCAAGGAUCACUUAAAGAAUCAUCUACAUACUCAUGACCCAUACAAGGAGGCUUUCACAUGUCAGGAGUGUGGCAAGAGCUACAAUACCAAGCUAGGUUUCAAACGCCACCUAGCCCUCCACGCAGCCAACAGUGGAGAUCUGACCUGCCAGGUUUGCUUGCAGCCUUUCCCAAGCACUGGAGUGCUUCUGGAACACCUCAAAACCCAUGCGGGCAAGUCCUCUGGUGGGAACAAAGAGAAAAAGCAUCGGUGCGAGCAUUGCGAACGGCGAUUUUACACCCGUAAAGAUGUACGGCGCCACAUGGUGGUGCACACUGGACGCAAAGACUUCCUUUGUCAAUACUGUGCCCAGCGAUUUGGGAGGAAGGACCAUCUGACACGCCAUGUGAAGAAGAGCCAUGCCCGAGAGCUGCUGAGAGUGAAAACUGAGCCAGCUGAUUCGCUGGAGCCCAUUGCCUAUGGUUUGGCUUCGGGGAACAUCAAGGGUGAGUUGGCACCGAGGCCAAUCCAGCCUAACAUGUAUACAGGCCCCAUCCUGGACACAGAUGCCUUUGUCAGUCCCACAUACCCUUUCUCUUUAAAGUACCCAUUGGGCGCAAACUUUACCUCAUAUACUGGCUCCUCACAGGAGCGGGAGCAGAAUCUAAAGGGAGAACUGGAGACCUACCUGAUGGAACUGCAGAGCAGCAUGCCUUCCUCGUCUUCUGCAGCUGAAGAAACCCAACUAACCUCCUCUAAACUUGAGCUGGACCCACAAGUGGGAGUGCUAGAGGAAACAAGCGAGGAGGUUUCCCUGUCCAAAAUGUCCACAUCAGUGGCAGCAGCUGCUGUGGCAGGUGACCCACUGGCUUCAUCUUCUUCUUUGAUGGACUUCUCACAGCUUUUCAACUACCUGCCAGUGAACGGGCCGCCAUAUAACCAAGUGGGGGGUAGUGGGGGACAGAGUACCACCUAUCCACCUCCACCUCUUGUCCAGCUACCCCCGCAGCCUUCUGAAGGCCCAGAGGCUGCAGAGAGUCCACUUCAAGGGCUCACCACCUCAUUCAUAUCCAAUAUGACCACACCAACCACACUGCCCCGCUUCCAUCAAGCUUUCCAGUGAAUCCGUAUGUACUGACCCUGGCACACGUGCACUCGUUACACAAACAUACUGAGACAUAUUUCAAGCUAUGUGAGUGUGCACAUGCAUGCCACAGAACCACCUAUUCCCAAUAGGAUACCAGUCAUUUUUAAAGAUCUUAGCACUUGUGUCCAGUUAUUGCAGCACCAUUUCAGCAGCACACAUGUGAGAACCAGCAUCGAUGCAGAUUCACAAACCUCACACAUGGUUUUUGGCUCAGUCAUUA